AUGAGCAUUCAAAAUCAACAACUUUAAAGAUUAAUCAACAACACAUAUAUCACCAAGAAGAGAGUUUCAGCUGGGUCAUUUGGGGUAGUUUAUUGUGCAUAGGAUAUUAAUACAAAAGCAAUUGUUGCAAUUAAGAUCGAUAAAGGCAACAAAGAAGAUACAAGUUUAGAAAGAGAAGUAAAGAUAUAUUAAGAAAUAUUAAGGCAGAAAUUCUAAAAAGAUUACAAAAAACUCCUUAAAUACCAAAAUUAUAUUGGGCAGGAAAAGAUGGAGAUUCAAAUGUUUUAGUUAUUUAAUAUUUGGGCAGAGACUUAACACAUUUUAUGAAAACCUUCCGAAAGUUUUCUCUAAAAUGUGUACUCAAUAUAGCUGAACAAAUGAUAAAUAUUAUUGAGAACAUACAUAAAAAGUAGAUUAGAUUUGCUUUAUUUUUAGUAAAGUGUUACAUAGAGACAUUAAACCAGAAAAUGUGCUUGUGGGUAAAGAAGAUGAAGACAAUCUGCUUUAUAUUGUAGAUUUUGGUAUAAGCAAGUUUUAUAAGGAUGAAAAUGAUUCACACAUGUAAACUUCCUAAAAUAAUAUAGAUCAUUUCGAGAGAAUUAGCCAUUUAUUGGAACUACUAGAUAUGCAAGCAUCAAUGCACAUAAAGGAUUUUCAUUAAGUCGAAGAGAUGAUUUGGAAUCAUUGGCUUACAUGCUGAUAUUUUUAUUAAAGGGUAUGGUGUAAGUCAAUAACUUUUUAGGAUAAUUGCCUUGGUAGAACCUGUAAUUUAUUGACGAAGAAGAUAAAAUGAGAUAAGUUGGUCAAAUGAAAAUGAAAAUAGACAUGAAUGAAUUAUGCAAAGGAAUUCCAAUUGAAUUUGGAAGAUUCUUAGAUUAUAUCAAAGGUUUACCUUUUAAAGCAGAACCUAAUUAUAAAUAUUGCCAAUCUUUAUUUAAGAAAUUAUCAUAAGAACACAAUUAUUAAUAAAAGGAUCUUAUUUUUGAUUGGGAUUUAGGACCAAAAUCGGAUAGAUAAGAUGAUAAAAAAAAAUAAACAAUUGAAGGCCAUAUGCCAAGUAGUUCUAAUAAUAGUAAUUUAAUUAACAACAAACCAUCAUUGUAUAUAUUUAGAAAUAUUUUAGAUUUAAAAAAUCAAAAGAUGACAUCUCUUCAAAUAAUAUUGGAGGGUCAUUAUUAAAUUAUUCCCAAGAACAAUUAGAAAUGAAUUCCCUACUUAAAACUCCAGAAUAACGAAAGUCAAGUUUAGCUCCAGAUAUUAAUAGGCGAAAAAGUAGAAUGCAAUCUGUUAGUAGCUAUAAUGACUCUCACUCAGAAAUAGAUUUCAAUAAUGGUAGUGUGUUAUUAGGAAUACAACCUAGUAUGUUAAGUAGGUUAAGUAAAAUCUCAUUCAAUUCUAACUCAAGGGUCAAAGAUAGUAAAUAAAAUCUAAGUUUAACUCCUGAAUAGAAAAGGUCUAAUUUACAUGAAAAAAAAUUAUCAAUUACUCCGAAUUCAUACCUAUAGUAAAUUACAGGGUAGAAAUAAAAUAAAAUUGUAAGAAAUUCUAAUUCAUAAUAAAAAUUAUCUUAUAAAAAAGAGGAAGAAACUAUUAAAGAAUUUUCUAAAAUGAAUGAAGCAGAUGAAGGAAUUGAAAGUAAAUAUAUGCUUUUAAAAUAAGCAUCAGUAAAUGCGUAUGUAAAUUAUACUUACCAUAUUGUAGACGCUUCAAAAAAUCAAUUAAUUGA